AUGAGCAACUACGUAAGGAAAAUUAUUGUAGUUGGUGAAAACGGAAAUGGCAAAAGUUUAACUUGUAACACGCUCCUAGGAAAAGAGAUAUUUGAUGGAUCCAGAAGAUCGCGAACGGCAGGUUGUGAAACGUGUUACCUUCAUACGAGGUCAGUAAAGCUUUGGGUCGUCGAUUCUCCAGGGAUGUUCGAGCCUGUAAGUGUUCUUGCUGAACGUGCAUUGGAAAUACAGAAUGCUGUUAAAGAAUGUAAAGAUCCACAUGCCUUUCUUAUCGUGUUCAAAGCAGACAGUAGAACGGAUGAACGAAAUACAAAUACCAUCGAGAUGCUUCGUCUGAUUUUUGGGGAGGUUUUCUUCAAACACGCAAUUGUUGUUGUUACAAAUGCGGCAAAGUUUAAAUCGGAUGCAGAUUUUCAAUCAUAUAGAAAACAAGGAAAAAUGAGUCAAAUAGUAGAUCUCUGUCAAGGAAGAAUUGUGAGACUGGAAAAUAAAGAUGUAACACCACAGAAGAAGAGGGAAAUGAUAGAUAAAGUAUUUGCCUUAGUUGAUAAUGUUUCCAGGAUGGGCAAUUUCUGCUACGAAAACAAAGAAUUACACUGUCACAGAGAAAUGUUAGAAUACCAUUUGAAGCAUGUCGCUGCCAACAUGCCGGUGAAUAAUCAGAUAGAAGAAAUGAAAAGGUGUCUGCGAGAGAAUUUACAAGAAAAUGGAUCAGAUAGCGGGUACUACGAAGUUGCCAAAAGACAUUGA